UGGGCGAUGACACUCAGCAGAUCCCACCAUAGACUGAUCCCCACAGAGCUGCUCGGACGGCCGGAUUCACACUUAGAGCUCUAGGAUCCCCUUAGUUCCUGCUUCCGCUGCAGCCUUUGUACUCCGUUUUGUGGAGCCUCACACCCCGGCUACCGCUGCGGCAGAAUCAUCCUCCGCAACCCUGCUCAGAUGCCUCUGGAAGCCACUGUAUCACGUCAAGGUUGCAAAUUGAAUUAAAGAAUCUUGUGAGAGUGGAAGAAAGGUGGUGUUGGAUAAACUCUGCAACACGGAGCUGGGCGGACAGGAGAAGACACCGAUCAGAUUGUCUACGAUUCUACGAUUUCAUUCAGCAGACGCUUUUAUCCAAAGCGACGUACAACUGAGAGUAGAUACAGCACAGUCGUCAAAACACAGACUUGUGAGCAUGCUUAUGAUGCUUUAGUACAAAGGAAAGGCUGGUUGAUCACUGGAGAAACACCCACUGCCUUUCCUUAAACAAUCCCGAGCCACCAACACACACAUCUCCCUCUCAUCUGUUAUUUACCAUCCCUGCAAAGAUGCCAAUGCCAAGACUGGUGCUGUGGCAUUUGUGGUGACAGAGCACAGUGUGUGCGUGCACAUCCGGCAGGUAGGCCGGUGGGUCGGUACACCAAGUGGCGUUUUUCGGUGGGCGUGGCUGAACCAUGCGUCCCUGGGCAGGUUCAUGGCGUUGGAUUACCCUGGUGCUGCUAGCCUGGGGCACACUUCUCUUCUACAUUGGUGGUCACUUGGUGAGAGACAGUGAGCAUCCAGAGCGGUCCAGCCGGGAGCUUUCCAAGAUCCUGGCAAAGCUAGAGCGACUCAAGCAGCAGAAUGAAGAUCUGCGGCGCAUGGCCGAAUCGCUCAGGAUACCAGAGGGUCAGGCAGAAGCUGGGUCCUUGGCAGCAGGGAGGCUCCGCUCCCUGGAGGACCAGCUAACCAGAGCCAAACAGAAGAUCCACAGCUUCCAGAAACUCACUGGAGAUGGCCCUGGGCCAACACAGGAGGAGGUGCGAAGGAGGGUUGAGAAUGGCGUGAAGGAGUUCUGGUACUUUGUUCGCAGUGAAGUGAAGAAACUGGCUAUAGUUGAGCCCAGCAACCGGCAGAAAUAUGCUGACACACUCCUGCAGGACCUGGGACACCAGGAGAGGUCUAUCAUGACAGACCUGUACUACCUCAGCCAGGCCGACGGAGUCGGUGAAUGGAGAACGAAGGAGGCUAAAGACCUUUCAGAUCUGGUCCAGAACAGAAUCACCUACUUACAGAACCCCCCAGACUGCAGUAAGGCAAGAAAGCUGGUGUGUAACAUUAAUAAGGGCUGUGGUUAUGGCUGCCAACUCCACCAUGUCGUCUACUGCUUCAUGAUCGCUUAUGGCACCCAGCGCACGCUCAUCCUGGAGUCUCACAACUGGCGCUAUGCCCCCGGCGGCUGGGAGACUGUCUUUCUGCCUGUCAGUAACACCUGCACUGAUCGCUCUGGGGCCAGCACUGGACAUUGGUCAGGCGAAGCCCAUGAUAAGGAUGUCCAAGUUGUGGAGUUGCCCAUAGUGGACAGUCUCCACCCUCGGCCCCCCUACCUGCCCCUGGCUAUCCCUGAGGACUUGGCACCACGCCUGCAGCGACUGCACGGUGACCCAUCCGUCUGGUGGGUGUCCCAGUUUGUCAAGUACCUGGUGCGCCCUCAGGCAUGGCUAGAAAAGGAGAUCCAGCAGAGCACUGCCAAGCUGGGCUUCAAACACCCCAUCAUUGGAGUCCAUGUGAGGAGGACAGAUAAAGUGGGAACAGAGGCUGCAUUCCACCCCAUAGAAGAGUACAUGCUGCAUGUAGAGGAACAGUUCCAACAUCUGGCCAGACGUGUCCACGUAGACAAGAAACGUGUUUACCUGGCCACUGAUGACCCCUCCCUGCUGCAAGAAGCUAAGACUAAGUAUCCAGACUACGAAUUCAUUAGUGAUAACUCCAUCUCAUGGUCGGCAGGCCUUCACAAUCGCUACACUGAGAACUCACUAAGAGGAGUCAUCCUGGACAUCCACUUUUUGUCCCAGACUGAUUUUCUCAUCUGCACCUUCUCCUCACAGGUCUGCCGUGUGGCCUAUGAAAUUAUGCAGACGCUGCAUCCAGAUGCCUCCUCCUUCUUCUACUCUCUGGAUGACAUCUACUACUUCGGAGGUCAAAACGCCCACAAUCAGAUUGCUAUCUACCCACACCAGCCGCGCAACAGUGAGGACAUUCCCCUGGAGCCCGGCGAUGUGAUUGGCGUGGCUGGGAACCACUGGGACGGAUACUCCAAAGGCAUCAACCGCAAACUGGGUCGCACUGGCCUCUACCCUUCCUACAAGGUCAAAGAGAAAAUCGAGACUGUAAAGUACCCGAUGUACCCUGAGGCAGACAAACUGCUCAACUCUCAAAAGAAGUAAAAGGAGACAUGAAAAAAGAGAAAGGAAUGAGGAGAAACAUGCAGUCUCAGAUUGCUGGGAAGGAGGCUGCACUUGUACAGAAGAGAGAGGCGUACUCAGUGCGCUAAGCUGAGAAGAAAAGAAAAAGCCUGUACCCAGGGGUGAUAGAAAUAAGAAUGCACUUUGUAUGUUUGUGUGAGCGCGCGCAUGUGUGUGCGGACGUAUGUUUGCACUUGUGUUUAUACCUGUGCAAAUGUCAGGUCAUGGAAGACUUGCACCCUACCACUCCUCCCCCCACCUGACAUUCAGACUUUGGGUCUGUAGAGUUGUAGACGUGAACAUUGAUUUUGAAUAAAGCAAGUAAACAAUUAAAAAUCUACAAAACUGACCGAGCUCUCUCUCCCGAGACAACACUGGGACGACUGUAAGACUGGCACACCCCAGAGUGAGCUUCAAAUCAAUGACUGAAAAAAUGACAAGCUGGGAAAAAAAAGUGUUUUGAUUUUUAUUUAAUUCUUUACAGUGGUUUUGAUUCUGAUCUUGCCUUUUUUUCAUCUUUUCCUGUUUUUGAUUACUGAAUGUACUGUACCUUCUUGCCAUGCUCACCGCUGCUCCUCCCUUUCCUCCUCAUCUCACUGUGCUUCCUCCAUCUCUUCUCUUCAUGUGCAAUUAAUUUUACAAUACCAUGUUGUGCUUUUAUCAAGUAUUUUAAGUAAUCUUAAUUUUGUAUGUAUGCACUAUAUACUGUAUAUAGUGAGAGAGACAGAGAGAGAGAGAGAGAAUGGAUAUAUAUGAGAGAUCAAGUCUACCUGUGUGUGUUGUUUAUGUCUAAGUGGCCAUGUCAUGACCAGGUGCCUGGCUAUUGGUGAGCAGUGUGUGUUUUAUUUCUGGCUUUCUUCCUGACUGAAGUGUGGCCAGCAGAAGACUGGCGGCGGCAGUGGGGACUGUCGUCAGACCUCAGCACUUGGAACAAUGGUGAACUCCAGUCACUUCGCUGGUAACCUCUGGUGAACAAUGGUAAAAUUAUGUGGAGUAUGGUGCACGCACACACACAGACACAAGGGCCGUCCCGAGGCUCACCAAAAGAUGCACUCCACUGAGAUAAUGUCCUUUUCAGCAUCUUUGCUGUCUCUUUUGUCCUCUUGUUUGUUGGGUUCUUUUUUUACUUUUAACAUUGCUGUUUUAAAAUAAAUGAGAAAAAAAUAUGCCUAUGUUUAAAAAUGAUAAUGCUAUGUCAUAUCAAACUCAGUCCUCAUCAUGAAGGGUUUUUCCAUAACUUAUGUUCUUGGGCAUUGUCUUUGAUAACCACAGAUCAAAUAAAUUGAGAAACCAACACAGCA